AUGCCGACGCCACCCAAGCAGCGCAAAGUGGCCAUCGUUGGCAGCCGAUCCGUAGGCAAAUCUUCGCUUGCGGUCCAGUUCGUCGAUGGCCACUUCGUCGAGAGUUACUACCCGACUAUCGAGAAUACAUUCAGCAAGGUGAUCCGCGUCAAGGGCCAGGACUAUGCUACCGAGAUCGUCGACACAGCAGGCCAGGAUGAGUACAGCAUCCUUAAUUCGAAACACUUCAUUGGUAUACACGGCUACAUGCUAGUUUACUCGGUGUCCUCGCUACCAUCGUUCGAGAUGGUCCAGGUCAUCCGAGAGAAGAUUCUCAACCAUCUUGGCACGGAUUGGGUCCCUAUCGUUAUCGUGGGCAACAAGAGCGACUUACGCCCCGAGCAACGGCAGGUCAGCCAAGAGGACGGCAAGAAGCUUUCGGAGAGAUUCAAUUGCGCGUGGACCGAGGCGAGCGCUCGCUACAACGAGAACGUCGCCAAGGCCUUCGAGCUAUUAAUCGCCCAGGUCGAGAAGUCGCAGAACCCCAACGAGGGCACCGACGCCUCGAAAUGUCUGGUUAUGUGA